UGAAUGAGUCCGUUGCCCACAUGAGGGUACAUUUGGAGGGUAGUGAGAUAUCGCGCACCUGAGGCACCUGUCACCGCCUGGUGUGGAUGUCGUGCGCUCUGCACAUAAACACUCCCGUCUGGCCGCGAACGAGAGAGGACGAAACGCGGAACAGCAAGGAUGAAGAGGCUGCCUGUGCUGGGGCUGCUGAUGUGGGUGUGUGCCCUGUUCUAUGUGGGCAUCUUCCUGUUUGUGGGGGGGUUCCUGCUGGUCCGACUGGAGGUGAACCGGACCAGCACAUGUGAGGAUGUCCUGUCGCCAUCGGCCGGGUCGCAGGCGGACUUCUGCCGGGCCCAGCCUCGCUUCCGACGGGCCGUGGUGCUGAUCAUCGACGCCCUGAAGGCGGACUUCGCCCGCUACGACCCCUCCAACCGGACCCCCCGCCCGUACGAGAACAAGCUCCCCGUGCUGCAGGAGCUGAUGUCGCUGGACAGGAGUCACGCCGGGCUGUUCACGUUCCUGGCCGACCCCCCCACCACCACCAUGCAGCGCAUCAAGGGCUUCACCACCGGCUCCCUGCCCACCUUCAUCGACGUGGGCAACAACUUCGCCUCCAGUGCCAUCCUGGAGGACAACCUCAUUCACCAGCUGGGCCAGGCAGGCAAGCGUGUGGUGUUCAUGGGGGACGACACGUGGGAGAACCUGUUCCCGAAGAAGUUCCACCGCUCCUUGCCCUUCCCCUCCUUCAACGUCAAGGACCUGCACACGGUGGACGAUGGCAUCCUGCAGCACAUCUACUCCACCAUGAAGGGGGAGGACUGGGACGUGCUGAUUGCCCACUUCCUGGGUGUGGACCACUGUGGUCACCGCUACGGUCCUGACCACCCUGCCAUGGCCGACAAACUCACCCAGAUGAACGGCGUCAUCAGGUCGGUGGUGGAGCAGCUGCAGAAUGACACCCUGCUGGUGGUGAUGGGGGACCACGGGAUGACGGACACGGGGGACCACGGAGGAGAGAGCGCCAAGGAGACCGAGGCCGCCCUCUUCCUCUACAGCCACGCCCCCCUCUUCCCUGCUCCUGCCGCACAGCCUGAGCCCCCUGUAGUGCCCCAGACGGACCUGGUGCCCACGUUGGCGCUCCUGCUGGGCAUCCCCAUCCCCUACAGCAGCGUGGGCCAGGUUCUACUGCCCCUGUUCCCCCCCCCGGGGCAACGCCAGGGACCACGCAGCGGCCCAGACCAGGCCGAGGCCCUGUGGGUCAACGUCAAGCAGGUGCACCGGUUCCUGGAGACGUACUCCAGCAUGGCCAAAGACAUCUCUCCCGAGCGCCUGUCCGAGCUGCGAGCCUCCUUCGCCCGCGUGUCGUCUGCAUACCUGGCCUCCAGCCAGCAGGGGGCGACGGCGGCGGUGUCUCCUGAGCUGCUGCGCUCCAUGCAGCGCUACCUGAGCUCCGUGAGGGACACGUGCCGGGCGUCCUGGGCGCGCUUCCACCCGGGCAAGAUGGCGGCGGGCGCAGCGCUGCUGCUGGGCGCGUGCGUGCUAUGCUACGUGCUAGCGGAGCUCUCCUCGGCCGUGCUGCUGCUGGAGGGGGGCGCUGUGAGGGCGCCCCUAGUGGCCGGCGCGUGUGUGGCCGCGUGUGUGGCCGGCGCUCAGCUGCUGUGUCAGGGCCGCCUGGACGCGACGUGGUGCCUUGCGGCGGCCGCAGGCUCCUCUGAGGUCCUCUUCCUGUGGCGUAGCCGUAGCCGUAGCCGCGGCCGCAACACACACUCCUCUAAGGGCCGUGCGGCGGCGUCCUCUCCCCUCACGAGCGCCACACACUCCUCUAAAGGCCGCGCGUCGUCCUCCUCCUCUCCCCCUCAGCUGGUGAGCGCCGCCCUGCUGGUGCUGCUGCUGCGCUGCGCCUCUCUGCUGUCGGACAGCUACGUGAUGGCGGAGGGCCGCGUGGUCACCUUCCUGCUGUGCUCGCUCGGCCUCUACGUGCCGCUGCGUCUCCACUGGGACGGGCAGCUGCUCCCGCCGCCCGCGGCCGACUCCCAGAAGCCCCCUGGUGCCGCUACGCUGCCUCUGCCUUCGUGGGUGGUGCGGCGUGAGGGGGCGGUGCUGUGCCUGAGCCUGAGCGUGCUGAUUGGCUCGCUGUACCUGACGCUGGGGCUGCACGCGUGCCGUGAGGAGCAGGGCGCGUCGUGCCAACCCUCGCCCUUCCUGGCGCCCUUGGCGCGCGUGCAGGACACCCGGCUGCGGAACCUGCACUACCUGCUGUCGCUGGCCGCCCUCGCCGCCUGGACGCACCUGCUGUACCGCUGGCUGCGUCACUACGGCAACCUCAACGCGCCCGGCACGCCCGUGGUGCUGGUGGCGCGGUGGCUGCUGCCCGUCGCCGCGGUGAUGACCAGCCUGCACUGGGCCGUCAGCGCCACGCCCGAGGACAGCUUCCGCGGCCUGUCCGAGCUCAUCCGCCUGGCGCAGUCCGUGCUGCCGCGCGCCGCCUUCGCCCUGCUGGGCCUGGGGGUGGCGCUGUUGUGGAUCGACCCGCUCACCGUCUUCGUCAAGCACCGGGCACGGGCACCGGCGGGCACCCACCGCGCCGCCUCCUCCCUGAUGCCCCCCCCCCCGCCGCGCUACCGCGCCAGCACGGGCAUCAGCCCCCAGGCCGAGCUGCACCACCUGAUCCCGCAGCUCUACCAGCGCAUUCGCCGCUCGCUGGAGGACGGCCCGGUGGCGGAGGGUGGCACGGACGGCGAGGAGGACGACGGGCGCCCCGCGGUGGAGGCGUACGGGCUGGGCACGGUGUACUCGGCGCCCCUGCUGCUGCUGGUGGGCACGGUUGGCACGGCGCUGCUGCUGCUGCACCCGGAGAGCAUGGCGCCCGCCUUCCUGCUGCUGCUGCUGGAGGCCUCCGCCCUGCUGCACAUACACGCCGCCUGCACCACCCUCUCCGGCCAGCAGGGGGACUACGCCUCUAGUUUCAGUGUGCCCUGGGCGCCGGUGGUGUUGUGGUCGUUGGCGGCGUGCCAGUUCUUCCAUGCCACGGGGCACCUGCCCACCUUCCCGUCGCUGCAGUGGGGCGCGGCCUUCGUGGGCUUCCCCGACGGGCACACGGGCACCCUGCUGCCCGCCACCCUCGUCACCCUCAACACCUUCUCCUCACACAUCCUCUUCGCCUUGUCCUGUCCCUUGUUGCUGUUCUGGCCCCUGUUGGCGGAGGUUCGCUGUAGCAAGAGUGGGCGGACUGGAGGGGAGGAGUCUGAGGAUGUCGUCAUGGAGAUGCGAUUGAGAGAGAAUCCCCAGCAGUUUAGCUCCGCCCUCCUCCAGCUAGCAGCACGUUACCUCUUCGUCUGUGGAGCCCAGGUGUUUGCGUCUGUGUGUGCGGCAGCUGUUCUCCGGAGGCAUCUGAUGGUGUGGCAGGUGUUCGCGCCCAAGUUGAUGUUUGAGGCCAGUGGGUUCCUGGUGGGCAGUGUGUUCCUGCUGCUGGGCGUGGCUCUGGUUCUGAGGGUGGACGUGGCGGUGAGCGGCUGGUUUAAGAGACUCCUGCCCGAUGCCUCCAGGUAACACUGCCUACAAUACCCACAAUGCACCACCUCUGCCGCCAUUACUGCCCUGCACCUCGACCUUGGGAACUCAGAACCCUUGAAAUUCGAGGUUACCAUGGGAAUGGUCACAAUUCAGUCAACUUCAACUGCCAUUCAGGACCAACUAAGGACAGGACUUGGAAAGUUGAACUCAAAGGUGUCCCCCCCCCCCCCACACACACCGGGGGUCAGAAAAGGCACGAGAAGUCACUGAUGAACAGAAACUGCUGUUGGGAGACACUACGUUUUGUCAUUUUUUAAAAAGAAACAACACUUUCUACUGCAACUCAAACUGUGUGAAAGCAUUGAGCCAUCUGAUGUGAAGCUGCACUGCCCGUCUGAACGUAGGAGCUCACUCAGUCUGGCUUGUUGUUUUAAUGAGAGACGGGCGAGGACUCCUCUCCUCUCCUCUCCACAAUACUUACCACUUUUAUGGGUGUGUGUACUGUGUGUGUGUACUUGUAUGCCAGUGGAGGUAUGUGUACUGUGUCCUGACUGGAGGUUGGUGUGUGUUCUGAGUGACCUCCUGAAGGGCUGGUGGGCUGCUUGGUGUGAAGAAUCACUUUUAUAAAUGAGGGAGGGAUGGAUGGAAGGGGGGAUGGAGGGGUGGAAUGAAUGAAUGAAUGAAUGAAUGAGGGAUAGAUGGAUGAUGGAUGGAUGAAUGGAUGAUGGAUGGAUGGAUGAAUGAGGGAGGGAUGGAUGGAUGGAUUGAUGAAUGAGGGAUGAAUGGAUGGAUGGAGUCUCAGCACAACAUGUAAAUCCUGUCUUAUUGCUGUGUGUUUAAUGUGUGGGGAAUAUUUAAUAAAUGUGUGUUCAGGGUAUGUGUGGGGUUUGUGUGUAUGGGGAAUGUUUAAUAACUGUGUGGGCUAUGAAUGGGGAAUGCUUAAUAAAUGUGCAUGGUCAUUGGUCAUUGGUUAGGGUCACCUGACUGUAGGGGAUCUCCUCCUGAUGACGUCAUCUCACAGCAAUAAUCAUCUUUUCAUUGGUCUGUGUCUGGACGUGCGUUACGUAGCUCACCCGGUAUUAACUGCGUGUUUUUUAACGUGUUGAAUGGAGCUGAAACUGCAGCUUGUCUUGUGUGUCCUUGGUUUGGCCAGCAUCUCUUCACCAUGACGGUUUACAGGUCACAAGCUUUAACACAUGCCAUGCCUUUGAGUGACGUCCUGAAUGAAGUCUCCACUCUGUACGCCUCUACUGACUGUUAUUUAUUUCUGUGUGGUUCUAAGUGUAGGUUCUGUUACGGUUCCUCGUGGAGGAGGGUCACCGUCUUCUCUUUGGCUUCUGCUAGUAACUGCCGCAUGCAAGGGAAACAGAGUCAGACAAAUCACCACCCAGACGCUGCCAGAUUCUGGCCUGCUUCUGACCUGGUUCUGGCCCAGUUCUAGUCUGGUUCUGGCCUGCUUCUGGCUCGGUUCUGGUCUGAUUCUGGCUCGGUUCUGCUGAUGUCUGGGAGCUCAGGGUGAUGUCGCCAUGACGCAAUAGCUGUGUGUUAGGUGUGCAUGGAGCGAGCUGACUAGUGUGUGGGCUGAUGGAGGCGGCCUUAGUGUUGGGUGGUGUGGGCUGAUGGAGGCGGCCUCAGUGUUGGGUGGUGUGGGCUGAUGGAGGCUGCCUUAGUGUUGGGUGGUGUGGGCUGAUGGAGGCUGCCUUAGUGUUGUCUGUGGUUUGUGACGUGUUCCUGAGUUUGGGCUGAUUGGUUUGGUUUUAUUGAUCUUAAGAGGGGGUGAUGUUGAUGAACUCUUGAAAAUUCUCCUGAAAAUUAAUUGUGUUGAAAUGAAAUGGAAAUGAAAUGGAAAAUCUUACUAAUGAAUAUCUGAUUAAAUAUUUUGUACAACCUCAAA